CCUUCAAUCGUUCUUUUGAUCAUGCCUGUUGCUGAUAAAAUGAUUGAUUUCGCUCAGGUUUUGUAUCUUCAUCUGUGGGAUAUGUCUGAUCUCAUGUUUGUUUCUCAGUCGUUGACUGGUUUGGACAAUUACAACGUUUGAAGUAAUUCCAUGAAGAUUGCACUAAUGGCUAAGAAUAAGUUGGGAUUUUUGGAUGGUUCUUGUCAGCGCGAUGCUUAUCCUGAGGCUUUACAGUUGCAAUGGGAUCGUUGUAAUGCGGUGAUGUUAUCCUGACUUCUUAAUGUCAUUAGCAAGGAGUUAUCAGCUAGUAUAGUUUUUUGCGACUAGUGCUGCGAGCAUCUGGAAGGAUUUGCAGAAGCGGUUUGGUAAGGUUAAUGGGUCUCGGCUCUAUUUUUUGCAUAGAGAGAUUGCUACUUUUUCUUAUGGAGAAUUUAUUAUUUCAGAUUUUUUUCUCGAAACUUCGAAUGAUUUGGGAUGAAUACGAAACCCUAGUCUCUUUUUUCAUCUUGUGCUUGUGAAGUCUCGCAGUUGAAUCUGCAUCAUUUGGUUCAACAAAAACCUUUUCAGUUUUUCAUGGGUUUAAAUGAGUCAUAUUCGACGUUGCAAAGCCAGAUUUUAUUGAUGCAACCAUGAGGUUCGGUUACACAAGCUUAUUCGAUGAUUCUCCAAGAAGAGUCUCAACAUUCACAACUUUUUGUUCUUGUUGCUCCUAGCUCAAUAGUUUUAUUCUCUAAUUCUGUUGGCACCUUUGAUCAUCGUCAUUUCACUGGUUCUUGUGAUUUUUUUAAGAUCAGGGGGCAUAAAAAGGAACAAUGCUAUUGUUUGAUUGGGUUCCCACCUGGUUACAAGUUCACAAAGAAGAAAGGAGAUGUGGCAAAUUCAAGUGUUUUUUUGGAAUCUGAGGACACCUCAAAAUCUCUUGGUGCUUCUCCUAUAGCGCCGACGUUUACCACAGAGCAUUAUAAUCAAAUUUUGCUUCUAUUGAAUAAAUCUCCUUCCGUUGAUUCGGCUGCUAAUCUCGUGGGAUCUCUCCACUGGAAAGAUGAAGGGGAUUGGUAGGGAAGCGCAUGUUUUGUACUACUUUGAGCCCUCCCAUGGUGUAGGCCCUCCGUCCUCUCCAUCUUUGUUGUUUGGUUAUCAUAAGUCUAGUAUUUCCUUGAAUGCUUCUUGUUUUCCUGUCAAUGCUAGUUCAUCUUGUAAGUGGCAUGCUCGUUUAGGGCAUGCUGCUAUUUCAAAGCUUAAUAAAAUCAAU